AUGACAAUAUCUGUUUUCUCAGUUCCGACGCCUCAGUUGUGCAUCUACAAAAACUCAUGGCCAGCUGCAAUUUACCCGUCUCUUUCUUAUUCUUCUUCUAAGUUAACUGUUCCACUGUGCUCUCCUUCCCCUCCUACUUCUGUUAUCGAAGAGGGUGCUUCUCCUGCACCAGACGAUAUUCCCGUUGUUGAUCGCUCAGAAUUCACGAGCGGUUGUACUGCAUGUGGAAGAGAAGAAAUAGAGAAAGGAUGCAAUGGUGAAGGAAGGAUUCAGGGUGGGAUUGCAACAGUACCGGGGUUUGGGUGGUGGCCUAUAAAGGCUUACAGGCCAUGCCCUGCAUUUGUAGCAUCUGGGGGUAGGUACAGGCGGCAAGGACAAAGCAUGGACGAGGUUGUCUCUGGAAGUGGUAAAACACCCACAGUAAGAACUGCCAGUGACUCGAAGACAAGAUUGUUUGUGUCAGAGAAAUCAGCAGAGUGCAAAAUGGACGAUUCUGAAACCAAACAACGAAUUGAGGAAACUGUUCGCAGGAUUUUGCAGGAGUCGAAUAUGGACGAGGUUACGGAGUCCAAGAUUCGAAAGCAGGCUUCCGAGCAACUUGGUCUCAACCUGUCUCAGCCUCAUUUCAAGGCCUUUGUGAAACAGGUCGUGGGGGCUUUUCUCGAAGAGAAGUUACAAGAACAAGAAGCACAGCAGCCACAAGAAGAAGAAAUUGACGAGGAAGAAGUGGAAGAAGAACAAGAAGUUUCCAAGGGCAAGGAGUACGAUGAUGAGGGCGAUCUCAUCAUCUGCAAGCUUUCAGAUAAGAGAAGGGUGACCAUUCAGGAUUUCAGAGGGAAAACAUUGGUCUCCAUUCGCGAGUACUAUAAAAAGGAUGGGAAGGAACUUCCUACUUCCAAAGGAAUAAGUUUGACCGAGGAGCAGUGGUCAGCCUUUAAAAAAAAUCUGCCUGCCAUCGAAAAAGCCAUCAAGAAAAUGGAGUCUCGUUGA